UCGCCUCCACUCUCCCUUGUUUCCAGAACUGUCCAUCUUCUCUUGUCGGUUGUGAUCUGUUGCUCUGUAACCUCCAACACCGCAGCUCUCAAGUGAGUUCUUCCCCGAUUCCGACAUUUCACUGGAUUGUUAGGGUUAGAAAAUGGUACCUGGUAACGAAGUAAAGGAUGACGCCUCUGCGGAUUCUCCGACUUCAGUCCUGGAGGAUGAGGGUAUUUGUGAGGAGAAAAUUAAAGUUAAGAUGGAGGAUGACAUACUUCUUCCCCUCGAUGCAAAAAAUGGAGAUUCUUCUCUUAUAUCAGGAACCAUGGCAAAGGAAGAAGAGAUGCUGAUGAAAGAACGGGUGAAGGAAGAGGAUGCAGAAGAAGUAGUGACUCAGGAGGCCCCCCACUUGAAUGACAGCCAGUUCACUAAAUUGGAUGAGCUUCUAACACAGACCCAGCUGUACUCAGAGUUUUUGCUGGAAAAAAUGGAUUCCAUCACAUUUAAUCGUGUGGAGGAGAAAGAGAGUGAAAUUGUUGAAGUAAAAAAGAGGGGUCGUGGUUCAAAAAGAAAAGCAGAAUAUAAUAAUAGGAAGGCCAAGAGAGCAGUUGCAGCCAUGCUUACAAGAUCUAAAGAAGGUGCUACUCCUGAAGAUGUGAACCUCACCGAGGAGGAGAGAGCUGAGAAAGAGCAGGCUGGACUUGUACCCUUGUUGACAGGUGGAAAAUUGAAGUCUUAUCAGAUCAAAGGUGUGAAGUGGCUGAUCUCACUAUGGCAAAAUGGACUGAAUGGGAUCCUUGCAGAUCAAAUGGGGCUUGGAAAGACAAUUCAAACUAUUGGCUUCCUUGCACAUUUAAAAGGAAAGGGGUUAGAUGGCCCCUAUUUGGUCAUUGCUCCUCUUUCUACUCUCUCAAACUGGGCAAAUGAAAUAGCAAGGUUUGUGCCCUCAAUAAAUGCAAUCAUCUACCAUGGCAAUAGGAAAGAAAGAGAUCAAAUACGAAUGAAGUAUAUGCCAAGAACAAUUGGCCCCAAAUUUCCUAUAAUUCUGACUUCUUAUGAGGUUGCAUUAAAUGAUGCUAGAAAGUAUCUAAGGCAUUACAAUUGGAAAUAUCUUGUGGUUGAUGAGGGGCACAGAUUGAAGAACAGUAAAUGCAAAUUACUGAAGGAACUGAAGUUGUUACCCGUAGAAAAUAAGCUUCUGCUCACUGGGACUCCUCUGCAGAACAACCUGGCAGAGCUGUGGUCUUUGUUAAACUUCAUAUUGCCUGAUAUUUUCUCAUCCCACGAAGAAUUCGAGUCCUGGUUUGAUCUGUCAGGCAAGUGCAAUAAUGAAGCAGUGGUGGAAGAAUUGGAAGAGAGGAAAAGGGCUCAAGUGGUGUCAAAACUUCAUGCUAUAUUGCGUCCCUUUCUCCUUCGGAGAAUGAAGUCAGAUGUUGAGCAGAUGCUUCCCAGAAAAAAAGAGAUUAUUUUGUAUGCCACCAUGACUGAGCAUCAAAAGAAUUUCAAGGAUCAUUUGGUUAAUAAGACAUUGGAGAAUUAUUUAAAAGAGAAAGCAAGCACUGGGCGUGGUGUGAAAGGAAAGCUUAACAAUUUGAUGGUCCAACUUCGGAAGAACUGUAACCAUCCUGACCUCUUAGAGUCUGCCUUUGAUGGUUCAUAUCUCUAUCCUCCUGUAGAACAGAUAGUUGAACAGUGUGGCAAAUUCCGCUUGCUGGACAGAUUGUUGGCAAGGUUAUUUGCCCGCAAGCAUAAAGUUCUGAUCUUCUCUCAGUGGACUAAGAUUUUGGAUAUAAUGGAAUACUAUUUUAGCGAGAAAGGACUUGAAGUUUGUAGAAUUGAUGGUAGUGUGAGGCUGGAUGAAAGAAAAAGACAGAUUGAGGAGUUCAAUGAUAUGAAUAGCAAUUGUAGAGUAUUUCUUCUCAGCACUCGAGCUGGUGGGCUAGGUAUCAAUCUCACUGCAGCUGAUACUUGUAUAUUGUAUGACAGUGACUGGAACCCUCAAAUGGAUCUGCAGGCCAUGGAUAGAUGUCAUAGGAUAGGUCAAACUAAGCCUGUUCAUGUUUACCGGCUUGCAACUGCCCAAUCUAUAGAGGGCCGCAUGCUGAAAAGAGCUUUCAGUAAGUUGAAACUUGAACAUGUUGUGAUUGGGAAAGGCCAGUUCCAGCAAGAACGAAUCAAACCUAAUAUGGAUGUUUUGGAGGAAGAGGAUCUGCUACAACUGCUUCAAGAUCAAGAAGAUUCUGAAGAUAAGUUGAUACAGACAGACAUCAGUGAAGAAGAUCUGGACCGGAUCUUGGAUCGCAGUGACUUGAUUGGUGAUACCUCAAAUGAUGAUGGGAGGUCUAACUCUGCCGCGGAUGCCUUUCCCCUUAAGGGCCCUGGUUGGGAAGUGAUGACACCAACCGCAAGUGGAGGCAUGCUUUCUACCCUUAAUAGCUAAUAAAGGUUCUCUGAUUGGGAGAUAGGAGCCAGGUAUCUGUGUAAGAAUGCUGGGUGUUUUGGUGUCUCUGGGCUUCAAUUUUUUCACGUCAUGGUUUUGUGUGAACCGAAGUAUGCUCUGAAAUUGAGCUCACUUUCAAUUUUGUGAAUGUCUGAAAAGAUAUACUUGGAAAGAGAGCUGAUUUUUCUUUAGCCCCUUCUCCCAGACAAAGUCAAGAGGUUAAUACCUUGAAGGUGAUAUAUAUGUAGACAUUGCCAUAUUACUUAAUGUACCUUGUACACCAGUAUAUUUUCUUAACUAUCACAAUCGACGUAUUUGUAUUAUGUAUUUGGAUUUGGAUUC